AGUUUAAAGUCGACCGCGUUUCGAUAUGAAACAGAUCGGAUUUCUACUGUGUUCAGUGGUCGCGGCCAGCCAUUUGGCAAAUGCAAGUGAUAUGAACUCGGGACAGGAGCAGAUUCGAACAGCAAUACCCUGGCUAUAUAUCCUGGCGCUAUCGGCAGCCCAGCCACAUAUACCCAUCCUAAGGCCCCAAGAUGAGACACCGGCUAACACGAACAGUGCGAUCAUGAAAAAGCCCCAGUCGGAUGAGAUCGUGAAUUCUGAUCAAUCCAACAACGAGGUACGAGAGCAGUUUCUGCAAGGAAUCCUUCUGGGCUUACAGCAGCCAGGAUCUCCCACAAUUUCGCCCGCCGUUCUAUCAGACUUCAUUGCCCAGGCGACUACUACCACUCGAAAGCCGGCUGUACAAAAAGAUGCCGAUGGAUCUGAUAACGAUGAAGAUGUUGAUUAUAUAGACUUUAAGAAUGGAUCGCGCAUCAAGUACGAUUUGGAUGAUGUCGAGCAGCCGGUUAACAAAAUUCUGCAGCGGACUACCAAACGUCCGGCUGCGAAUCCGCAACAAAACCCUGCCCUCUAUUAUAGACCUCCAACUAGUACCGUUUACUAUAGACCUAUAUAUGGGCCUACGCCCUAUUAUUAUCGAGUUGGCUAGCCUACUAUUUUUAUCAAUAAAGAAAAUAAAAAUCAUAGGGAAAGAUGGUUUGUAAAAUAGCUUUGUUUUGCAGUUGGUUCGUUAAGUAGAACUCUGCUGACUAUGUUAGCCCAUUAGUCUACUAAGUUAUGUGAAAUAAACUUUCGGUUCACUUCUGUGAUUUCGCGAGCCAAAACAAUAAAAAUUCAAAUGAUCGCUUUGGGUCUCCACACCAAGCCCAGAUCGCAUUUUGAUCUGCAGCUCGUGUUUUAGUCCGGU